UUGCCAACGACGCGACGACACCGUCGAAGCGCAUGGACCAGCAGAUAUGACGGUUGCUGGCAGAUACGGCGCAUCGUCGAGAUCAUACAGUUCAGUUGAGAACAAAGAGUGGCAUUGACACGAAGUGCCUGCAGUUUGUUUGGCUUGAUAAAAGCGAAGAAGGAAUUCAAUUUGUGUAUUGAUAUUGAAAAAUCGUUGAAGUAAACGCGUCGUGCACUCUAGUGUAUAAACUACGUCGUAUUUCAUUGCAAAAAUGGUGCGCGCGCAUAAUUACAUUUUAAUUUACGGCAUUUCUAUAUUAAAUCAUGUAUGCGCCGCCACUGCGCUGCCCUCUACCACUAAAGCUGCGAGUGCGAAAGAUAUAGAUGCGUUAUACAUGGAAAAACUCUUGGCUAAUUUGAAUACCAGCGUUGAUCCAUGCGUGGAUUUUUAUACAUACGCGUGUGGUAAUUGGGCGCAACACUAUGAUAAUAGCGCGUAUGUCGAUGUGCCCGGCUAUAUGGAUUUCGAAGUGAAUAAACAGUUGUUAAAUGCCUUGCUAGCGGCUAAUGAAACAACUAAUGGGAGUGAUGUGGCGCAACAGGCCGUGCGUUACUAUGAAUCGUGCGUAAAUCUGGAGGCACCCGCAUUGAAUGCAUUUCUACGCUACGUUCAAAAAACAUUAAACUUUGAAUGGCCUAUAUUGCGCGCCAAUUGGCAACGACCUUGGCAGAAUGACACAGAAUUUGAUUGGUUGCGCGUGGUAGGCGGCUUACGUGCUUUUGGGCUUAGUGGUGUAUUCAUAAUGCAGGAUUUGAAUCUUCGAACCACCAAUAGCACUCAAUAUCUGCUUGAAUUGCAUGCGCCGCAAGCGGCUGCCGCAUUGCCAACAACACAAAUCUUGCGGCUGAAGUCUAUUGAAGACAUAUUUGUAAAUUUCGGCUUGACCGAGUUGGAAGCGCACAACGUGAGUGCUAAGGUCAUUGCGCUGGAUGAGGCAAUCAAUGAAGCGCUCAAUAUUGGUGCGUUAAUGAACGCGUCCAACACUUUUAACGCAAGCAUUGGUAAUUUAACACGCACCAAUGUAACCAGCUUAGAGAUGAAUGUUGGCGAUUUAGUGGAAUUAGUACCAGAAAUUGAUUGGCGUACAUAUUUGCAACACGUGCUAGGGCGCACAGUGGAUUUAAACCAACAACUAGUGCAAACAUACUCCAUUGACUUGCCCUACUUUCGUCAGCUACCCGCGCUACUCGCCGCGCACACAAAUGAAACGAUCGCUUACUAUAUAAUGCUGAAAUUUAUGUACCAACUGAACGCUGACUUGCCGUAUAACAUGACAGAUGCACAAAAGUCUACACAUUGUAUGCGUUUACUGCGUGGCUAUAUGCCGCUAGCGGCCAACUAUUUGUAUGAACAGCACUACUAUAGACAUAGACGCGCGGCCAGCGAUGCCGCGCUGCAACGCAUGUUCAACAAAUUACGUGCCAAUUUUGCGCAGCUAGUGGCCGCCAACAAUUUAAAGCUGAAUGCGACGGAGCGCGCUUACAUACUUGCAGAGCUGGAUGGCAUGCAAUUGCGUAUAGGCAAUGUGCCGCACGACGCGUCUCUGAAUUUAACACACUUCGUUGGCGCGUACUACGCGCAUGUGCACAUGAAUGCAAGCGACUUUUAUGGCAACCAUCUGCAGCUGAUACACAGCAGCGUGCGACGCAUGCAGGUGAAAUUGUUGAAUGAACCGCGCACAGCUAAUGUGUCAGCGCAGCUGAAGCAAAUAUACGAGUAUGAUUUCGAGACGUCGACUUCUUCGUCGCCAAUUAAGAUCUUUGAUAAUGUGGUGCUUGUGCCGUAUGGUUAUCUGCAGCUGCCGUUAUACGAUCACCGCCUCGACGCAUUAUUGCAGCAUUCGCUCUUCGGUUUCAUUCUGGCGCAUGAGAUUAUGCAUGCUUAUGAUCUCUUCCACAUUGUCUACGAUCAAAAUGGCAAUUUUAAUCGACUUGGCUUAGAUGUGGCGCAGCAUUAUUGGGGUUUCAUCAACUGCACACGACAGACGGUGUUGAGUGACAUCGUGUCCGAGAACAUGGCCGAUGUGGCGGGCUUGCGUUUGGCAUAUCAAACUUAUUUCGGGCAAGAGGAUAGCGCUGGAGAAGCUGAUAAAUCAGCUAAAGUGGAAACAACCAUUACAGCAGGCGUAAAAAGCACCACCAUAACUAGCCGACAAGCAACACUUGCGGAUGCUCAUAAUGAUAUAGCCGGCAGAAGAGCUACUCCCUCAACGCCACUCAUUAGCGUCGCUCGCGAAACGCCACUUAAGUACGGUAAUUUCACGCGUCCACAGCUCUUCUUCAUCAACUCGGUGCAGUUUUUGUGCGCCAACAUGCCGCGCAUCGAGGCGCUCAAUGUUCAAGCGCAUCAACUCGGCCAUGACAUGCAUGACGUGCGUGUACGACGUAAUUGGGCGAAUUUGGAGCAUUUUGCGGCUGCAUUUCAGUGUGCACCUGACACGCCGAUGAAUCCGAGCGAGAAAUGUCGGUGGUGGUGAAGUGCUUAACGAGCGCGCCAGCUUGAUGACAUGGACGUAUGCGGUUGUCCACGAUGGUGGUGGUGGUGAUGCGGCGCGUCGCUCAUAAGCGGAUUACAAUUUACUACUACUUUUAAUAUUUAGUUCUACAUUAUACAUCCCAUACACAUACAUACAUGUGUACAUAUAUAAUAAAUGUGCGCCUUAAUGUAGUUCGUUAUUUAGUUGCCUUGUGGUAAAAUUUACGUAUUAUGUUAAUGACAAAUUUUGUGCUUAUUUUUUUUGUAAUUCUUUUUCAUUUUUAAUAUUAUAUAUGUACGAGUAAAUGUAAAAAAAAAACACUUAAUGUACUUAUCGUUAUAUUCUAACAACUAUAAUCGUAUGUGUGUACUUAUAUAUAGAUAUAAAUAUACACACAGAGUGAAAUCUAGUUUAUUUUCUUACACUUGACCGCCUAAGUGUAUGCAAUGAAUUCUUAACAUGCCACAUGUUGCAAAAUUGUUAAAUAUUGUUUGUUGUUGGUGGUAAUGGCUUGUGGCGCUUACCUUUUGUUUACGCUUGGCUCGCUUUU